UUCAAAAACGCACUCUCCCACAUUUUUCUCCCUCCACUUUCUAUCUACGUAUCUCUCUCUCAGAAAAACUUCGAAUUCAAUUCCUUCAUUCUGCAUGUUCGAAAAAUUCAGUAAAAAUUCGUAGAACAGAAUUUGCAUAGAGAAUAAUGUCAUUUUCAGAUUCAGAAACGUCCUCUCAUGGCACAGAGUAUAGGAAUUUCAAGCAUGUCAGCCGUGAUCGACUAUUACAUGAAAUGCUUGGAUCUUCAGGUUCAGGAGAUUCAAGAUCUUCAUGGAAGGUUCUUAUCAUGGAUAAAGUAACGGUAAAAGUAAUGUCUUCCACAUGCAAAAUGGCUGAUAUCACAGACCAAGGAGUUUCAUUGGUGGAAGAUCUUUUUAGAAGAAGGCAACCUUUACCAACAAUGGAUGCUAUAUACUUCAUCCAGCCGUCAAAGGAGAACGUUGUCAUGUUCUUGUCCGAUAUGUCAGGAAGAGAACCUUUAUACAGGAAAGCAUAUGUAUACUUCAGUUCCCCAAUACCUAAGGACCUGGUUGCCCGCAUCAAGAAUGACACAAGUGUAAUACCCCGUAUAGGUGCAUUAGGAGAGAUGAAUUUGGAGUACUUCCCAAUAGACAGCCAGGGAUUUGUCACUGACCAUGAAAGAGCACUUGAAGAGUUGUUUGGUGAAAGUGCUCAAAAUUCCCGGCGUACUGAUGCUUGCUUGAAUGUAAUGGCCACAAGAAUUGCCACUGUUUUUGCUUCACUGAAGGAAUUUCCUUUUGUGCGUUAUCGAGCUCCCAAGGGACGUGAUGCAUCAACAACAAAUUUCCGUGAAUUAGUUCCUGAAAAGCUCGCUACAGCUAUAUGGAACAAUAUCACUAUGUAUCGGUCUAGUAUUCCUAAUUUUCCGCAGAAGGAGACAUGUGAAUUACUGAUUCUGGACAGAUCUGUUGACCAGAUUGCUCCUGUGAUUCAUGAAUGGACAUACGAUGCCAUGUGUCAUGACCUGCUUGAUAUGGAUGGAAAUAAAUACGUACAUGAGGUUCCUAGCAAAUCAGGUGGUCCACCUGAGAAGAAGGAAGUUCUUUUGGAAGAUCAGGAUCCUGUUUGGUUGGAGCUACGGCAUACUCAUAUAGCUGAUGCUAGUGAACGACUCCACGACAGGUUUACAAACUUCGUUUCUAAGAACAAAGCAGCACAGAUGGAGCAGAGAGAUGGAGGUGAAUUAUCUACACGAGACUUGCAGAAGAUGGUCCAAGCUUUGCCACAGUAUAAUGAACAAAAGGAGAGACUCUCUAUCCAUGUUGAGAUUGCAGGUGAGCUUAAUAAAGUUAUCAAAGAAACGGGUCUUCGGGAACUUGGACAGCUGGAGCAGGAUCUUGUCUUUGGCGAUGCAGGAACGAAGGAAAUGAUCCAUUUUCUAAGGACGAAGCAGGAUACUGCAGGUGAAAAUAAAUUACGCUUGAUGAUGAUUUAUGCAUCUGUUUAUCCAGAAAAAUUUGAGGGCGACAAAGCAGCAAAACUGAUGCAGUUAGCAAAACUGUCACCUGAGGAUAUGAAGGCUGUGAAAAAUAUGAGAAUGCUAGAGGGUUCAGAAAAACGGAAGGCGUCAAGUGGAAGCUUCUCCCUGAAGUUUGAUUCACAAAAGAAAGGGAAAGCAGCUAGACAGGAUCGAACUGGAGAGGAAGAAACAUGGCAGUUAUUUCGAUUUUAUCCCGUGAUAGAGGAGUUGGUUGAGAAAAUGUGUAAAGGUGACUUGCCUAAAGAUGAUUAUCAAUGCAUGAACAGUCCUCAACCAGCAACUCGUGAGGUCAAUGGAUCUUCUGCAAGGAAUGCCCCACCAAAGACUGCUGAAUCUACUAAUCCACGCUCAGUGAGAUCAAGAAGGACGCCAAAUUGGGCACGUUCUCGUACUUCUGACGAUGGAUAUUCAAGCGACUCCAAUCUCAGAAGUUUUUCAACUGAUUUUAAGAACAUGGGACAACGGAUAUUUGUUUUCAUUAUCGGUGGUGCAACUCGAUCUGAGCUUAGGGUUUGUCACAAACUUACAUCUAAGUUAAGGAGGGAAGUGGUCCUUGGCACAACUAGUCUGGAUGAUCCACCUCAAUACAUCACGAAACUGAAAUUGCUAUCAGAGAAAGAGCUUUCAGUAGAUAGCCUCAGAAUUUAAUAUGGUAUUUGGGAUUUGUAAACUACAUUUUUGGUUGACACCCGAAAGGGUGCAGGGUGCAAUAUAUACUUAAGGAGCACAUUGUUGGUUUCUGAUGCUUUUUUAAUUGAUUUUGAGGGAAGAACUUGAUUCAUUGCAAAGACAGAUCAAUUUUUAAAAAGGCUUCAUGGUACUGGAAUUUACAUAUGGCAGUUGGAUUACUGCUUUUAUACUAAUCUUGCAGCUUAGGUAGAAGAACCAUCUUUGGGAUUGGAAAAUGAUAUAGAAACUUACGUCCAACAUUCAUGAGGCAGUGAAGGAGUUUGAAUGCAACUUAGUUUUUUUUGUUUUAAACUUCAAACACAAGCAAGAUUGCACUCUUGAAUUUUGUAAUUGUACUAAAUUUAGUUGGUCAAGUUUGUCUCAAGGCAUGUGUUUAAGGAAGAAGAUUACUUGUA